GCGUCAUCGAAGUGAUCACUCCAAGUUGUGUUGGCACACGUGUUUAUGUUUGUCAGCCUUUGGAGUACGGGCGUUUCUUUACUGUGGUCAAGUCGAUCUGCGUGCAAAAGCCCAAAAUGGCGGGAAAGGGUAAGACUGUAGCGGUUGUGACGAUACUAACCCUGGCCGACCUCGCAGCCAACACAGUCUUCUACAUGAACGGUGCGGAUGUGUACAAGUUCAUGUACGGCAUCAACUUCUUCAGCAUCUUUACCUCCAUGUUCGACACCUGGAUACUGGGCGUACUCAGGGUGUGUCUGAUGUUCGGAGCUGUGCUGUCCGUGCUGUGCAACGCCCGAGAUGCUGUUCCAAGGAUCAAGCUGUCCAGGUCGUGGGUCGGCGUGUACCCAGCCGCUGUCUUUGCGUACACAAUCACCAAGCUGCUGCUCUAUUCGGAAAAGGAAAAGGACAUUCUGAACAAACUGUGGUUCUGGGCACAGUUUGGAGGGAGUCUUGUGGGAUGUGUGGUAUUCUACCUCAACUGGAGUUUACUAUCAAACAUCAAGACACAAGUACACUUAAGAAGUGUAAACAAGGAGGAAGGAACAGAGGAAGAAAUAAGGGGCCUAGUCGGGGAUGAACCAAAUCGCAAAAAGAUGAAGAGUAAAAAUAAGAAAGUAAAAGAGGAAGAUAGCAAGUCUGCUGUGUUGAAAUUGAUGUCCUACUCCAAACCCGACAUAGCGUAUCUCCUCACUGCAACAGCCUUCCUGUUAGGAGCUGCUGUCAGUGACAUCUUUGAGCCUUACUACACGGGGCAGGUGAUUGAUGGGAUAGCCAUCGAGAAGUCUCAGGAGAAGUUCACACGAGCCAUCGUCAUCAUGACCCUGCUGUCCAUAGCAAGCUCAGUGUGCUCAGGUAUGAGGGGUGGUCUGUUCUCUUUGUGCAUGGCCAGGCUCAACAUACGCCUACGCAACCUCCUCUUCAAGUCUGUCACUGAACAAGAGAUAGGCUUCUUCGACAGUGUAAAAACAGGCGACAUCACUUCUCGUUUGACCUCUGACACGUCCACCAUGUCCGACAUGCUGUCCCUAAACCUGAACAUCUUCCUUCGGAGCUUCGUGAGGGGGGCAGGAACGCUUGUCUUCAUGUUCAAGUUGUCAUGGCAACUCACCAUAUUCACAUUAGUGAUAGUUCCUGUUGUUGCUGUUGUGUCCAAAAUCUACGGAAAGUACUUUAAGAAAUUAUCCAAGGCAGUGCAGGACUCCCUCGCCAAAGCUAACGAGGUUGCGGAGGAGACCAUCGCCUCUUUGAGGACAGUCCGCAGCUUUGCUCAUGAGACCGGGGAGUGUGACAGAUACAGAGAAAUGCUGAAGAGUACCUAUAAGUUGAAUUUGAAGGAGGCCCUUGCCUAUGGAGGCUACUCAAUGACAACACAUAUCCUUGACCUUACCAUGGUGGUGUUGACCUUGUAUUAUGGCGGCCAUCUUGUCAUCACCAACAGACUAACAGGAGGGAACCUGGUGUCCUUCAUACUGUACCAGAUGGAACUUGGAGAUGCUAUAGAGUCUAUGGGAUCUGUCUACACUGGUCUCAUGCAAGCAGUUGGAGCAUCAGAAAAGGUUUUUGAGUACAUCGACCGCAAACCUGAGAUACAGAACAACGGUUUGCUGGCACCUGACAGGCUAGAAGGGCACAUAGAGUUCAAAGAUGUGUCCUUUGCCUACCCAGCGAGGAAAGAUAUUCCGGUUUUGAAGGAUGUUUCUUUCAAGGUGUCUCCAGGCGAAGUUGUUGCCCUGGUCGGCCCAAGUGGUAGUGGAAAGAGCACCUGUGUUAACCUGCUGGAACACUUCUAUGAGACCAUGUCAGGCCAGGUGCUGCUAGAUGGUAACCCCAUCAUGGCGUAUGAUCACAAGUUUCUACACAGAAUGAUUUCAUUGGUUGGACAAGAGCCGGUGCUGUUUGCCCGCUCCAUCAAGGACAACAUCUCCUAUGCCCUGGACAACUGCAGCUUGGAGGAGGUGCAGCGCGUUGCCAGGCAGGCCAACGCCCAUCAGUUCAUCACGGAGCUGCCCGAGGGGUACGAGACGGAGACUGGGGAGAAGGGGAUGCAGCUGUCCGGGGGGCAGAAGCAGAGGGUGGCGAUCGCCCGGGCGCUGAUCAGGAAACCAGCGGUGCUGCUACUGGACGAGGCCACCAGUGCUUUAGAUGCUGAGAGUGAACACUUAGUACAGCAAGCCAUCAACAACCUGCACGGACACACGGUCAUCGUGAUCGCCCACCGCCUGAGCACCGUGGAGAAGGCUGACCGCAUCAUCGUCAUCGACAAAGGGACCGUGGUGGAGCAGGGGCGGCACGGGGAGCUGAUGCAGCAGGACGGGCUGUACGCCAAACUGGUACAGCGACAGUUGUUAGGGCAGGAUGACAAGGAAAACAACAGUGAAGCAGAGAAGGAUGAGAUAGACAAGAGGCCAAACAGCCUGUAUGGGUCGAUGAAAGCCGGUCGUGUCCGAUUGAAAAGUAGUUCGAGUGAUUCGGGCUCAGAUUCAGACAGUUCUGUAUCAAGUGUAGAAAUAAAAGUUUAAGUAGAAGCAAGAGGGGAGAUUUAGUAUUUUAUCUCAAAUUUAGUCUAAUAUAUCAUCAUUAUAUAUUAUUGAAGAUAUACAACACCAAAAUUUGCUUGCCUCGAAUUUUCAGUCACACUUCCGUCGACCUUCUUCAGGAGUAAUGAUUCAGUUACUCUGAUCAUGUGACUUAGAGACACGUGACUUGACUAACGAAUCAUAAAUGACUGAGACGGGGGCCGAUAUCGCUUACCAGGCAUCGGCGACGGUGUUGUAUGACAGUGGAAAAUCUACGAUAUGGAUUACAUCAACACAGAUGAGCUUUCAUGCUUAUCAUGAUAUAUUCUUUUACUACUUCUCAAGUUAACAUUACAGUUUGCCCAUAAUGAGAUUGAUGUUAUUUAUGGUGUUAGUUAUGGUGAUCUAUUUAUUCAUAUUUGGUGGACAGUGCCCUUUUAUCUGCACCAUUGCCCAUGAUGAGAUUUGUUUAGGUGAUCUAUUUAUUCAUAUUUGCAAGAUGUGCAAUCAUUUUAUCUUAGACAGACCAUUCAAUCUUAAUAAGGCUAAUAGUAUGUUGAUUUGACUCUAUGGAUGGCAUACUCUGGGAACCCCCAAAUUGAUGCAAGCAUGCCAGAGAAAAAGUUUCACAGAAAAUACUUACCUUCUUGGGCAAAAUUGACAAAUAACUUAAGUCAACACACAGAGCAUGGUAUACAGAACACAUUUUUGCUCUUUCACAUCUUUUUUGACUUUGGGGUUGACUUUGGCAUUCUACGAUAUUCUUAUCCAAUAUCCUAUUUCUACCAACCUGAUAAAACUAUUUUUGGACAUCAUUAAUAAACAUUAUCCAUUUUCGUUUUUAGGGGGGCAAUUUUACGCAUAUGUACAUAAUUUUGCAGCUGCUGUAUAUCAUUUACAGUUAAGUUUGGUUGAAACAGAUAAAAAUUGAUGCGGGUGGGAAUGUCAUCCAUAUACUCAAAUCAACACAGUCCAACAUAAAAUCUUGAAUGACCCAGUUUAUCAUGUGCCUAUUUUGUGUAGAUUGAAAGACUUGUCUAGUUUUUAUUUUGUUGCUUAAAAGGAGCUGUAGUAUUUGUAACUUGAGCUUGGCUAGCCCACAAUGUCCUUGUCCAUGACUAGCACCAAUUGUAAGGGCUGGACAAGUUCUCUAGUUUGUAUACUUUUGUGUUAAUGGAGCUGAAGUCUUUGUAACUUGGCUAGCCCACAAUGUCCUUAUUUUCAUAGAGAGUCUUAUAUUAUAUAGUGCCAGUAUUACGCAUAUAUAUAUACAUGUCAGAAUAGAGACUCCAAUACUGUAGAAUCGGCAAUUCUGUUGGUAGAGAUCACAAUUGAAACUCUGAUUGGGAUCUCAACCAGUAGAAUCGCCGAUUAGACCAAGUGGGAGUCUCUACCCUGACAUAAUCGGAUAUAAAUAGUUGUGGCCCAUUUAAUGUUACAUCUAAGAACACGAAACCUUUGUUUAUUACCACACUUUUUCUUAUAUCGGAAAAAAAUUUUAUUAGAUGCCUUACGGUGCUUGUCUGUACCUUAAUUCUGAUUUUUUUUUCCUGAAUAAAGUUUUCUGACAGUGACUGACUUUAGCAUAUACACCUUUGAUUUACAUGAUUACCAUGGUAACAAUAGCAAAUGGUGGAUUAGUGACAAAAUAAGGAUUUGAUAAUGAUACAUUGCAGCAAACCGUCUGGUCAGACUUUCAUUCUGAUAAAGACAUC